CACAAGAUGGCGGGCACCGUGGCCGAGCGGGACGCGCCGAAGCUGGAGGACGGGCACCUGAGCAGCGCCCUGGGCUCGCCGCUGCAGGGCGACGUGUGCUUCCCGCGCCUGAUCGUCCCCUUCUGCGGCCACAUCAAAGGCGGCAUGAGGCCCGGCAAGAAGAUCCUGGUGAUGGGCAUCGUGGACCUCAACCCCGAGAGCUUCGGCAUCCGCCUGACGUGCGGCGAGUCGGAGGACCCCCCGGCCGACGUGGCCAUCGAGCUGAAGGCGGUGUUCACCGAGCGGCAGUUCGUGAGGAACUCCUGCGUGGCCGGAGAGUGGGGCGAGGAGCAGUCCUCCAUCCCCUACUUCCCCUUCAUCCCCGACCAGCCCUUCAGGGUUGAGAUACUUUGUGAGCACCCCCGCUUUAGGAUAUUUGUGGACGGUCACCAACUCUUUGAUUUUUACCACCGUAUUGAAACACUGUCAGCAAUUGACACAAUAAAGAUAAACGGAGAUCUCCAGCUUACGAAACUGGGCUGACCUUGCCAGGACUGCAGCAUCCGAAGCGGCUCGGGCGGCACCMUCGGUUUGGAGAAGCGACAGCCGCCUCUGGACACAGCCGUGGGAUGGAGGCUGCCCUGCCCGCUCCUUCCCCCGUGCGCAGGCCCUUCCUCACACGCCGUUGAACUGGGCUGUUGUUUGUCCCAACAAAGAGCGUCGCCGGUUAAUAGACACCGAGCCGUUUUCCUUGGAUCAAAAUAGCUCACCUGUGCUGGAUAAUCAAAGUAGGACGGAUCCGGAAAGACUUGCGGUCUUGUUUUGUUUGUUAAUCUCGCAGAAAGGCAAUUUCUGAGACGCCGGGCGAAACCCAGCGAGCGAAGAGCAACAACAACAAGGCAGUUUUCCUUUGGCAAAUGUUGUUUCUGCACUGAAGUGGAGUAGUGUAGCACCACACGGGGGCACGCGCCGGGGCCCUUCGCAGGGCUGCAAGGAGACGGGAGGCGAAACUCCCGCUCGCUUUCACGGGGUACAAUCAAACUGUGUAGUCCUUAGUCGAGCACAAUUCCCCUCGGUGCCCCUGAGGUUUUUGCACAUCCCUGGGCUUCCCGCGGGCGUAAAUCAGCUGGCAGAGGCGUUUUGCUGAUCGCYCCCCCCUGGCCCGAGGGCUGCGUUAAAAACCGCACGAGGGUGCGAGUACACGGCCUGUAUAUGUUAGUCAGGGUAUUUGCCUAGAAUGUAGAUCGUUACGAGUUUUUGCACAAUGUAUUGUUAAUACGAUUUUUAAAGCUUACCUGUAGUUUAUUUAUUUAUACUCCGUGUAUGUAUUAUUAGUAAAAAUGAACACUAUUACUGAUGGGUAAGAACAGCAACGUGUAAACAUUCUGAAUGUACAAAAUGUCUUAGGUUCUUUUAAACGUAACAUAUCAUCCUUGAAAAAUCAUGUUUCCUAUUGAGCAUUUAGUUACAUUUUAAUGAGCCCUCCAGGCCCUGGGAAAAUGCGGGAGUGGAGGUUGGUGGGGGCUAAGGGGAACUCUGCAUAUUCACUAGAAACUGUUUUUCAGGGCUUUCUAACUUUGCUGCACAGGAUAGGUUUGAAUUAAGGUCAGUCUGUUUUUAAAACUUAAAUAGCAAAUUUGUAGGCUUAGCUGUGCUUUUAUAACUCGAGAAAAAUUUAAAUUGGGCAGUCUCCUGGUUCAGCAGGCAGCCUCUUUCCCGGGGAGAUGGGGAGAUUUUCUGCACUUAUUUAAGAACAUAUUUGGCCUUUGAUAUGACAAUUAAAACUUGUCUAGACAGCCAAGUUAUUAACGCUUGAAAAUCAGCUACAGCACAUGAAUAAUAACUUUUCAAGUAGCUUUUUAAAUACAAGGUAUAGCUGUAUAAACACAGUCAUUGUGCUACACUAUAAGUGAACACAACCACUUUUCUUAACUCUGUAGGACUACACCUUUUUUUUUUUCCCCUGGCUGCUCACAAUAGGCUCUAGCAGGUCUUUCUGAGUAGCUAUGAUAUAAAUGUAUUUUUAGGCAAUUUUGAAAAUGUGUAAUACAGGGGCUUUCUCAGACACGGAAUGCAUAUGCUAUUUUUGUAGCACAGUGUCUUAAAAAACUAAAAAAAAAAAAAAAAUAAGCAGAGAAGGAGCUCACAAACAGAACUAUGUUGCUAAGCCUGCAAUAAAGAUGUGGUUUAAGGCAGCCCGAGCUGGAAUAUCCAAAGCUAAGGAUAGGAUGCCAGUUGCAAAGCCUCAUUUUGUGCUAAUUUGGCUUGCAGUUAAGAAGCCUUAGACUGCAAGCUGAAAUUCCCACCGUGGCUCCCGUCCAAAGGCUGUUGAGGUCAAUCAGAAAGGCCUGAGAGUUACUGCUCGCAGGCAUAAAUCUCCGUGCAAAGCCAGCGGGGGCUGCUGGGCUGAACGAGCUGAGGAUCAGGCUGCUACCUACACAACAGAAGUUAAAAAUCAAAGUUUUAGCCUUAACGCUGGAAGUUCCCUGACUUAUUUCUUCCCUUUAUUCCAAUUAAGCCCGAGCCUGCUCUUAUUCAGAUCCUUUUAUUUGGUGUGUGGCUUUAGGAUUGACRUUGGACUCUGCACUACAGAUUGAAUCUUGGUAUGAAAUAUUCCUGUCUUGCUCUGUUUUUAUUCU